AUGUCGUUGUGGCUACGCGUGACAAGGAGCUGUCGCCUCUACAGCCCUCAAGCAUCAUCAUCCCUGCACUGCCUAACAUCGGCGGCCACUAGGAAUUUCUCGAUUUUGAAUAGGAAUAGCCCGCGAAUAGCGAUCAGGAUGAUGCACCAGGUGAACGCGGCCGGUGACCAUGUUGAUGUCGUCGCCAAACGCAUCGAGAAUAUCAUCACCAGCCCCGAGGACAAGCGCCAGUAUCGUGGCCUGAUCCUGAAGAACGACUUGCGGGUGCUGCUCGUCUCCGAUUCGGAAACUGACAAGAGCGCCGCCGCCCUCGACGUCAAUGUCGGCCACCUCAUGGACCCUUGGGAGCUGCCAGGCGUCGCCCAUUUCUGCGAGCACAUGCUGUUUUUGGGCUCGGAAAAGUAUCCGGUCGAGAACGACUACGGCAAGUUCAUCAGCCAGAACGGCGGCAUGACGAACGCGUACACGUCCACCGACCGCACCAACUACCACUUUAACAUCAAGCCCGACGCGUUGCCGGGAGCCCUGGAUCGAUUCGUGCAGUUCUUCCUGUGUCCCCUCUUCACGGCCGACGCCACCGAGAAGGAGGUGAAUGCCGUCGACAGCGAGCACAGCAACAACCUCAACAAGGACGUCUGGCGAGCCAUGCAGAUUGAUCGGAACAUGUCGAAACCCGGGCACGACCACGGCAAAUUCGGCACCGGCAACAAGAAGACGCUGCUCGAGGACGCGCGCGAGAAGGGGAUCGAGCCCCGCGAGGCCCUGCUUCGCUUCCACAAGCAGCACUACUCGUCCAGCAUCAUGUCGCUGGCUAUCCUGGGCAACGAGCCGCUCGACAAGCUGGAGAGCUACGUGGCUGAGAUGGGAUUUGCGGAGAUCGAGAACAAGCAGACGGCUCGCCCGCACUGGCCCGAGCACCCCUAUGGCCCGGAGGAGCAGGGAAAAAUUGUUUACAUGGUCCCCGUGAAGGACUCGCGAUCGCUGGAGCUGAAAUUCGCGUUCCCCGAUCUGCGGCCCGAGCACCAGUCCCAGGCCGACCACUUAAUUUCACAUCUUCUCGGCCACGAGGGCCCCGGCAGUCUGCUCUCCGAGCUGAAACGCCGCGGAUGGGUAUCCAGCCUCUCUGCAGGCAGCAACACAAUCGCAAACGGGUUUGGCCGCUUCUCGGUGGCCGUCGAUUUAUCUCCAGAAGGCAUCGAGAACAUUGAUGCGAUCAUGGUGCUCAUGUUCCAGGCGAUCGGGUUGAUCAAGCGUACGGGUCCGAAAGAAUGGGUGCACAAGGAGCUGGCCGAGGUCGGCGCCAACCAGUUCCGCUUCCAGGACAAAACCGGCUCCAUGACCACGGUGACGAAGUGGGCCGGCGAGCUGCAGUACACCGAAUUCCCGCACAUCCUCUCCGCGAAUUACCUGAUGACCGAGUGGAGGCCGGAACGGAUCACCGAACUGCUCGAGCUGCUCCGCCCGGAGAACAUGAUCUGCCGGGUGACCGGGCUGAAAUAUGCGGGCCACCCGAACAACGUGAACGAGCCGGUGUACGGCACGGAGAUGCGCAUCGAGGAUAUGACAAAGGACCAACUGGACCGGCUAAAUCGUGCCCUCCUGGAGAAGAACUCGGCCCUCCGCAUGCCCGAGCCCAACCCGUACAUCGCCACCGAUUUCUCGCUGAAGGAGCGCGACCCGAAGAAUGAACCCGGGCCCCGCCUCAUCCGCGACGAUCACUGGAUGCGCGUGUGGUACAAGCAGGACGACGAGUUCCUCUUCCCAAAACGGGUCACCAAGUUGCGCGUCUCCUCGCCGGCCAUCUCCUCCGAUCCACAGGGCUACAUCGCCGCCGUGAUGUUCACCAGCUGCUUUAUUGACGGCAUGGCGGAAGAGCUGUACUACGCGACGGUGGCUGGCCUGCGCAACGACGUCGCCCCGACGAUGAGCGGCUUGGACUUUAUUGUAUCCGGGCUGAACGAGAAGCAGAAUCGGCUGAUUCGCGACCUGUUGAAGAAGUUCAUCAACUUCAAGCCGGACCCGCUGCGCUACUCGGUGCUGAAGGAGAACAUCGAGCGCCAGCUGCAGAACUACUGGAAGGGCCAACCCUCGUCCAUCGCCGCCCACUUCCACUACUUGCUGUUGACGGAACGGGCGUGGUCCAAGCAGCAGGUGCUCGCCUGCCUUCAAGAACUGACGAUGGGCGACAUGGACGAGUUCAUCGCCAGCGCCCUCCGUCGCUUCCACGUCGAGGUGUUCGUCCACGGGAAUGUCGUGGAAGAGGAGGCACAACAACUUGCCCGUGACGUCCUCGCCGAGUUGCGCACCGUACCCUCACGGCCGGUCUUUGCCAACGAGAUUGAUCUGCGCCGAGAGUACAAGCUGCCAGCGCAAAGCGAGCACUGCUAUCGUCACUACCAAGACGUUCACCCCGCCUCGUGCGUCGAUUUCGUGCUGCAAGUCGGUGUCGAGGAGAGCCGCGAGAACGUCGUCUUCGAGCUGUUGAUCCAGAUGCUGCACGAGCACGCGUUCAACGAGCUGCGCACCAACCAGCAGCUGGGCUACCUGUGCCACACGAUGCCGAAGCGCUACAACGGCGUGCAGAGCCUCGAGUUCAGCGUGCAGGGCCCCAAGGAGCCCGACUUUGUCGAGGAGCGCAUCGAGGACUAUUUGGAAGUGGCACGAAAAAUGAUCGUCGACAUGCCCGACACGGAAUUCAAGGACCACGUCGACGCGCUGGCAAAUAAGCGCCUCGAGAAGCCGAAAAACCUGAAGCAGCGCUACAACAAGCUGUGGAGCGAGAUUGCGCACCGCGAAUUCCACUUUAACCGAGCCGAAGACGAGGUGGCCCUGCUGCGAGAGGUGACCAAGGAUGAGCUGCUCGCCUUCUUCGACAAGAAGAUUCGCCGAGAUGGGGCGGAACGUCGCAAGUUUGUCGUGAUGGUCCACUCAAACGCCGACACGAAGGAGACGUUCGAAGCCAAACGCCCCGAGCAGCCAAAGCGCGAAAUCUCGUGCGGCGACCGUCUGCGCGCCGAGCUGCCGAUGUGGGCGCUGCCCGCGCCCAAGUUGGCCCUUCCCCCGCCCGGCGCCUCGCUCUUCACCGAGACGUUGGGCAAGACGCCUGCCGAAUCUGCCGCCGCGGCCGCCGCCCAGUCGAAGCUC